GCAGGCAACAAGAGUCUGGUUGAACGAGACUACUCUCAAAGUUGAGGUGUCCAAGAUGGCGGAGCAGUCGGACAGACGAAUCAAAGUCGGAGUCCUCACAGUAAGUGACUCUUGUUUCAAAGGAAAUGCAGAGGACAAAAGUGGAUCGAACCUAUGCCAUCUUAUAGAUCAAGAUCAAUUAAUUGCUGGAAAUGUUUCAGUUAAAGACAUUGUACCUGAUGACAUUGAAAAAAUCAAGAAAACACUGAAGGAGUGGUGUGAUGUGAAAAAGCUGGACCUGGUACUGACAACGGGUGGCACAGGAUUUGCUCCAAGGGACGUAACUCCAGAGGCAACGAAAUCAAUACUUGAGAAGGAAGCUCCAGGGAUGACUAUUGCCAUGCUGAAGAAAUCUUUGGAGGUCACUGACCUAGCCAUGUUGUCAAGGUUGACUUGUGGUACAAGGGGUCACACGUUGGUUAUCAACCUUCCUGGGAGUACAAAGGGCUCAGAGGAAUGUUUCCGGUUUGCCUUGCCGGGAAUCCCCCAUGCUGUGGACCUCCUCAGAGGUCGUGAGCGGUCGGUGAAAGACACCCAUGCCAAGCUGCAGGCAGAGGGUGUUGUUGAGCCAUCCAAGGCCCUCCAGGAGGAGAUGCUCCGGAGCUGUGCAUCUGAGGUCCUCAUCAGCAAGACCAGGAGUGGUCAGGUCAGGAAAUACAUUACCCAGUCCAAGCGUCUGACAGGUGUCCGGAGGGUCACUAGAAUAGGGGCCAUUAUGAGAGAUAACUUAACCAGCAAGUCUAAGCGCACUGCUGUUAAGGACGUGAAUAAAUCUCUGGCGGUAUCUCCUGAUAUAAGGAAUGAUUCUCUGCAACAGGCAUCAGACAAGGCUUUAAACAGUCUGCAAGAAGGUGAUGAGGUCAGUAGAUCUGAUAUCAAUGAAGAAAGUGUCCAUGGUAAAAAUAUUUCUCUGCCAAUGAGUGUAAGUGGAUUAAAUCAGAAAACUACUCCUUCAGACACAGUUUUCUCUAUGAUAGAGAAGGCUUCUCAGUCUAAUGGAAAUGACUGUGAAUCUUCAGGUCAGGAAGUGGCACACCUGCUAGGGUCUGGUCCUUUGGGAGAGGAAAGCAUUACCCUUCCCUGUGAUGACAUAUCAGACCCUAGGUUUUGUCAGCUGUCUGUCGGCGAGUCUUCUCCUUGUUAUGGAGAAACAGCAGCAAAGAUGGAAGUGAAAGAGAAUGUUGCCACAACGAGUCGUACAACACAGAUUGAGCAGCUUAGUAAAGGUCCCAAUAUUUUACGUGGGAGUACAGGAACAUCAAUAGAACAGCUAACCUCUGAUGGUGCUGAGGUCACGAGACAUGUACUGAGAGUGUUGGAGGACCGACAGACACUUUUUACUCCCAUAUCUGAUGGAGGGGGUGGUGCUUAUGACAGCUUUGAUACUCCUGAAAUAGAUCACUCGCAGAGUUCCAUGGAAACGUGUUUGGAGAAUUCCUUGUUGGACAGAGCUGGAAGUAUGGAGCCCUGUGUCAGUGAAUCUAAUGUUACAAUGGAUAAUACAGAAAACACUAAACUUUUCAAAGUUUUUGACUUCAACACGGAACCUUCAUCAAAUUUGUUAAAACCAAAGAGAAAAAGACAGUCCAAGAAGAGUAACAAAGAUAUCUGCCCAAUUAUUCCUGCUAAAAUACACAGAAAGUCUAGCAAAGGUGACAUUUGUUGUGUUGAAGUGGGUAAUACAUUGAGAGAAUUUCUAGACAAUCACCAGAUGAUCAAAGGUAUCUAUCUCAACAAGGGCAAACGACACAUCAAAAAGGAACUGGUACAGCUAAGGCGACAAGAUAAUGCUGUAGACAAGAGUAGCUGGCAAAGAGGAAAUAACAUCCAUGAAAGGAAUCGUUUGGACGAUUACUUUGAAUUGACUGAAGCUGGAAUGAAGAAGAAGGAUUUGGUCGACACAAAGAAAGCUAGAGAUGAAUUCGCUGUCAACUGGUACAUGUGGUGUCCUGGAAGGGGAAACUGUCAACGAAAGUGUGGGGGAAUCGGUAAAUGUGCUGAAGGCUGUGAGGGAAUGACCCACAAACAGGACAGACACAACUGUUCUAUGAUGGUGAACUUGAAGCUGUUUCUUAGUGACCUUACACAAUGGCGUGUGAACAUAACUGGGAGCCAUAUUCCCACGGACUCCCUAAUACCCUGGCGUCGUCCACCCCGGGAGGGUGAAAGACUGGGUGAGGUCAUCAGGGACGAGAUUAUGUCAAAGUCCAACAAACCGGUCAGUACAUCUUCUGCAGAUAUUCAGGAGGUUCUUGCUGAGAAAAAACUACUUCCAAGGUCAUCUAAGGUCAAGCGGAGGAUUAACAGAUUUGUUACGGGAAUGAGGAGACGCCAUGCAUGUAAAGAACAAGACAAAUCUAUUUCCAAUGUGCCAACUCAAGUGAACUUAGUGAAAGAUGUAAGUGUGCUAUCGGGAAGGACAUUACCUACACUACAAAAACGUCAGGAUAAUCAUGAUCAGAACAUCAGUGAUCAAAAUGUAACUGUGUACCAGGUGCUUCACAAAAUGACCAAUCUACCAAUGGCACCGUCUGGGUCAGUGGUUCAGAGUACCAACUUUUCCCCCUCAUUCGGUCAGCAGAACUUAUCUCCGUCAACAAUGGGGACAGACUCUGGUCAGACUGGACAGUACAGCUACCCUUCAGUGGCAGUGCCUGCUGUGGCCAUGGGUGUUGGUAUGGCUGGUAAUGGUCAGCAGCCUGUGUUCGUUACACCGUCAUCUCAAUCUGUGUGUGAUUCUGUGCCUUUGUUUAUUACCCCAAUACAGUGAUCUCAAAGACAGUCUACGUAUAUACUGGAAAUCAAUCAAUCAUGCACAAAUAGACAAUGGUCAGACUGAGCGGAUGGAAAGUACAGCUGAUCAACAGGACCAACACUCACUGUUGCUAUGGGUGUUGGCAUGGUCAAAUUCAGGAAUCUCAAAUUUGUUGAUUGUUGAGUGUCAAGGAUGUUCAUUGUCGAAAGAUUGACUUUGAUUAAUAUACAUUUGAGUUAGUUAUGAGUGUUGAAGAUGUUCAUUGUCGAAAGAUUGACUUUGAUUAAUAUACAUUUGAGUUAAUUAUGAGUGUUGAAGAUAUUCAUUGUCGAAAGAUUGACUUUGAUUAAUAUACAUUCAAGUUUGUUAAUUCUCAGGUAUGAUCUAUAUUCUGUAUGGGUGAAGCCAAUACAUAUGUUAGACUUGAGAACUACCAAAAGUGCAUCUCGUGGGUUAUAUUUUAGAAUUAAAACACUGGAAUAGAUACAAAUUGUAAGCGAUUAUCACAAGUUGUAUACUGAAAAGUGGAAAUUUCGGUAGUGUGGAAAUCUUUUUGUUUUCGCGUUGAGUAAAUUAGAGUGGAAAUAUCCACAUGCCAAUGAAUAUCUAAAGAUUAUAGAUAAAUAAAAUAUAUAGGUUUCAGAAAUAUUGCCAAUAUUAAAAUUUCCACAUGAUCCGUUUAAAGGGUCGUAACAUGAACAUUUCCACAUGUGAAAAAUUCAAUUGUUUUCUCUCAUAACAGUGAAUACAUAUCAGACUUUUUGAUAAAUAAUUCCAUGUUUCAAUCACAGUUAACAUGUUACAAGUAUAAUUACACUUUUAAUGUUUAUCAGCUAAUGACAUUGUCAUAAUCUUGUAAUAAGUCUGAUACAGAUACACUCACUUCAGGUACCACAAGGCAAUUUCUAUAUAUCUUGAAAGGAACAUUUUAAAAAGAAAACUGUUACUUAACGAUGCAGUAUGAACCUAAAUAUAUAGAUUAAUUAAUGAACAGCACUACAGAUUUACACAAUGCUACAGAUGUAGAUUUUCUCAGUAUUUUCUCAGUAAAGAAAUUUAUAAAACAAUGUAAAUUCCUUAAUUGUCAGUGACAAUGUUUGCUUUAAAUAUGAAAUACAUGUCAUAAUAAUAUGAUACCAUUAUGCAAGAAUUUAUUUUGUUAUACAAGUGGUCUUAUUGUUUUCAGUUUAAUAUGCAAAAAAUAAUGAUAUAAGUUACUUUUAUUUUUACACUUGCAUCAGGUGCAGACACAGGAAUUCUUGUUAGGGAUGUUGCAAGUUAAAAGUUUGCUCAAUAUUUUCUUGUGGCACUACCCCUCCAUAUGUUAGAAUUUUUUUGAGGGGCUAGGUAUUUGUUUUGGAGAGGUAAUUUUGCUUGGAGGUCAUUAAUUGACGGAGAGUUAGUAGUAUUUGUUUUGGGGGUAUUAUUUGUUUUGGAUUUUAAGUACAAUGUACUUUUGGGAGGGGGUACUAAUGGUGUGUAAGAUAAUCUAUUUCUAUGGUUUUCCUGAAUCUUUGGUUAUAUAUGCUUUUAGUUAACUUUGACUCCUGCAUUUUUCAAAUGAUCUAAUAGCUCAAAUAAAGUACAAUGUACCUAUAUGCCCUUAAAAUGCUUGCAAUAUGGAUUGAUCUGUAGGAGCUUUUUUAUUUCACUCUAUCUGUUAAGCUGUUCUAUUAAUAAUAACAUGUUUUGGUGAAGCCAAAGUGUAUUUUGACAAAUACAUACAAUUUCAUAUGUUGUGUGACAUAAAAUCGCCAUGAAGCUUUUUCCUUUUUUGUAUUUUGUAUUUUUUUCAUAACCCCUUUAUUUAUCAUAGGAAAAAUCUUCCUAUAAACAUUAUAAACCUAUUCUCCUCUCUCAUAUUUUUCUUAAAAUGUAAAUUGUUAGAAAUUUUUCCAAAUUUAUUUUUACUGUUUGCUAUUUAAAGAAAUAUUGCAAGAUUAAUAUUUUUUACUGAUGUUUAGAAUUUUCUGGUUAUUUUCAGAUCAAAAUCUUUGCUCAGAGUAACAAUUCAUGAGAAUCUAUUUUCUGGCCCCAAAAUUACAUAGAAAACACUUCAUCAAAUCAUACUUAUAAAAGACUUUGAUAUUUUGGUAGAUGCUUAAAAUCAAAUAUCUUGGUUUUGGUUAAAGUACCACAAUUUUGAGGAGUUAUCUCUCUUCAUUCACGUUUUGUUGGCACUAAGCCACAGUAUAGCAUACUGUAUAACUGUAUUGACACUUGUCAGAUGACUAAUGUUUCUGUAUACAAGACUAAUGAUGAAAUGCCUUGUUGAUGAUAGUUUGUGAUCUUGCCAUGCAGAUUUCUUUAUUUCAAGUAUUCAAUCAGAAUAUAUACAUAUGUACAUGUACAUGUACAUGUAAUUGGAUUGAUAUUUGUAUGUAAACAGAUAUCUACAAUUGUACUGGAUAUUUGGAAAUGUUGCCUAGUCAAAUAUUCACGGUUCACAUGUAAAAACCAUAUUCACCUCUAGCUUUAAUUCUGUUCUCAUGUUAUCACUUUUUUAUGGUAUGUUGUGGAGUUUAAAUUACUGUCAUGAUAAACUUGCCCUCCAUGAAGGAGCAGAAAUAACGAAAGGUGAGGCAGCAGUGAACAUUUCCAUAUAUACAGUAUAUAUUAUAAGUAUUAUCACUGAGAACUCUGACUACUUUUCCACUGUUUUGAUGAACUGUAAUUUUGCAUUGUUACAUUAAAAAUAUUACUGAAAUACAGUUUUUAU